GCGGGCCUCUCCCGUCCAUUGUUCUCGGUGCCCCUCGGGCUUGAGCCGCGGGGACUCCGGAGGGUCCGUGCCUUGACCGGGGGCGCUUUUGCGCGCGGAGCGACCGCGGGAGCGGCAUCUGAUCUCUGGAGAGGCAGACUCCUUGUUGAAAUUUGAGGAGGGUGCUGUAUUCUCAGAGCCUGGCUGGAGAAGACUGAAGGUCAAGGUUAGAAGCCUGAGUGAUUCCCUCAAGAACGUGGAUGAUGGCCUCAGAGCUGCCGAGAGUAACCACUCCCCUGAGCCCCUUAGUCCAGGUCUCUCAAGAGGAAGAUGACCAGGAGGAGGAGGUUGCCACCAUGAUCCUGGAGGACGACUCCUGGGUGCAGGAAGCUGUGCUGCAGGAGGAUGGCCCUGAGUCGGAGCCCUUUCCCCGGGAUGCUGGCAAGGGCAGCCCCCACGAGGAGGUUGCCAGAGGGCCACAGGGUGCACUUGGCCGUCUUCGAGAGCUCUGUCGGCGCUGGCUGAGGCCAGAGGUGCACACCAAGGAGCAAAUGCUGACCGUGCUGCCAAGGGAGAUUCAGGCCUGGCUGCAACAGCAUCGGCCCGAAAGCAGUGAGGAGGCGGUGGCCCUGGUGGAAGACUUGACCCAGACCCUUCGGGACAGUGAUUUUGAGAUCCAGAGUGAAAAUGGGGAGAACUCUAACCAAGACAUAUUUGAGGAUGUUGAAUCACAUGAGAUGUUCUCAGAAAUGCCCGAAGGGGAAAGCAUUCCACAAUCUGACUGGGAGAGUGACUUGGAGAGAGACUGUGGCUCUCAAGGGCCCCAGGGAAAUGCCCCUGGGGAGGACCAUGGGGAGGUGCCACGCCAGGGCAGAGAAGUUGGACAGCUCAUAGGCCUUCAGGGCACCUACCUGGGUGAGAAGCCCUACGAAUGUCCCCAGUGUGGGAAAACCUUCAGCCGGAAAUCCCACCUCAUCACUCACGAGCGGACCCACACGGGAGAGAAAUACUACAAAUGUGACAAGUGCGGAAAAAGCUUUAGCGAUGGUUCCAACUUCAGUAGACACCAAACUACUCACACUGGGGAGAAACCUUAUAAGUGCAGAGACUGUGGGAAAAGCUUCAGCCGGAGUGCAAACCUCAUAACCCACCAGAGGAUCCACACGGGAGAGAAACCCUUUCAGUGCGCCGAGUGCGGCAAGAGUUUUAGCAGGAGCCCCAACCUCAUUGCCCAUCAGCGGACUCACACGGGAGAGAAACCAUACUCGUGCUCCGAGUGUGGGAAGAGCUUCGGCAACCGGUCCAGCCUGAACACGCAUCAGGGAAUCCACACGGGAGAGAAGCCCUAUGAAUGUAAAGAAUGUGGUGAAAGCUUUAGUUACAACUCCAACCUCAUCAGGCACCAGAGGAUCCACACGGGAGAGAAGCCGUACAAGUGCCCUGACUGCGGACAGAGGUUCAGCCAGAGCUCAGCCCUCAUCACCCACCGGAGAACCCACACGGGAGAAAAACCCUAUCAGUGCGGCGAGUGCGGGAAGAGCUUCAGCCGCAGCUCCAACCUGGCCACGCACCGGAGGACCCACCUGGUGGAGAAGCCCUACAAGUGCGGGGAGUGUGGGAAGAGCUUCAGCCAGAGCUCCAGCCUGAUCGCGCACCAGGGGAUGCACACGGGUGAGAAGCCCUACGAGUGCCUGACGUGUGGGGAGAGCUUCAGCUGGAGCUCCAACCUCAUCAAGCACCAGAGGAUCCACACGGGUGAGAAGCCCUACAAAUGCAGCGAGUGUGGGAAAGGCUUCAGCCAGCGCUCCCAGCUAGUGGUGCACCAGAGGACCCACACGGGCGAGAAGCCCUACAAAUGCCUCAUGUGCGGCAAGAGCUUCAGCCGGGGCUCCAUCCUGGUCAUGCAUCAGAGAGCCCACCUAGGAGACAAGCCGUACAGGUGUCCCGAGUGUGGGAAAGGCUUUAGCUGGAAUUCAGUCCUCAUCAUACACCAGCGAAUCCACACCGGGGAGAAGCCCUACAAAUGCCCCGAGUGCGGCAAAGGCUUCAGCAACAGUUCCAAUUUUAUCACACAUCAGAGAACUCACAUGAAGGAGAAACUUUACUGAAGGGGCAGAGAGGGAACGUGAGGGACUGGGCCAGGAGGGGGACUUGCCACACUGCCCCCAAACAGGGAUGUGUCUAUAGAAGAGCCAUUCUUCCUAAAGGCUUGUUGGGAAUCUUUGCCAGAAUCUUACCCCUACUCACCCUCAUUUUCUAGGAGCCAAUCAUCUUAGUG